AUGACCGGGCUUUCUACCAGUCAAGUUCUCACAGGCUCCAGGCCUCUGCAAAUACGGAAAGAUAUUCGUGAUGUCUAUGACAAGGACGACACUCCGGUGCAGAAAUCUUUCAAGAAGCUUGCACAAAUUCUAGGUUAUCCUGUCUCAUGCAAUGUCGAGUGGCUAUUUAUAUGGGCCGAACUUGGAUCCGGAUAUGCUGACAGGGCGACUUUUGUUCCGGAAGUCGCUCGUGUAGUGGAAACUUGGGCUGAUACACUGUCUCAAAGGUUGGAAGACAACCGAUUUGAGUCGUGGACUGAGGAAUUCUUGAGCAAGGUCGAACCAGUGAAGGCCGUCAACUUAGUCCUUGAGGUUUCCAGUUUCGCGAGACCGAAAACGUCCUGGUCCACCGUGGACUGCGCAUUUACCCUGUGGCUGCCCAAAAAGGCCACGUAUCAGGCGGCCAGUGUCGGCUCAGGCUUCGAGACUGAUUUUGAGAAUCUUUUCGAGGAUCUGAAGACCUCUACGUGCAUCGAGGAAACUCGCUCUUCUAGCAGGGACUAUGAAGGCUGGUCCAACAUUGAAUCCACUGCCGAUAGCAGCCUGCGAGCUUGUGAUGUCGACCCGGAGGUUGUCGAACCAGAUAUGCUCCCUGCUCUUCAGACCAUCCCGAGGCCAGAUGUUUUGUUUCAAACUCUGACACCGUAUUUGAUGCAAGUGUUGUCCAGUGGAACAAAUCAAGUUACGGUGACAGCGACGCAUGAACCGAGUCUGAAGCUUUUGGCUGACUACUUGCAACGAUGGAUUAAGAAUGAUCCUGAGGAUGUGAGAAAGAUUCCAUAUUUGCGCAUCAAGCUUGUAGUAUCCAACUUCGGACUUGGACUGUUCUAUGACUCACUGACCAUUGAACCAUUCGAUCACCAUCAACGCCGGAUCAGAGUGAAUGUUGUUCUGAUACUCGCAUUUAUCCAGGGCGUCUUAGGAUAUCAGCCUAUCCACGAGACUUCAGAAGGGGGCUUCUGGGAAUUCAGACGCACGAUACCGUUCAAAUCUUGA